ACAGUCAAAAUGAUAGGUUAAUUUUAGGUUAUGAUGAGGUUGUUUGUAUAUACACUGUAAAAAAGGACAUUGCUUUAUAACACACGUCGUGUAAUUUCACUCAGCAAAACUACAACGUCUGAUGUGAUAAAUUUACGUUGCUACACGUAGUGAUAUAACCUACAAGUGCAAUUCUACACAACUUUGUGUAACUUUAUGACGUCCUAUAAUGUUAUUUAACUCAGAUCUUGUAAUUUUACCAAGUGGGACAUUGGAAAUAAUUUGCUUCACGUCCGACGUAGUAAAUUUACAUUUUGAUGUAAAUGUAUUGUAAGAUUGCAAUAAUACAUCGUUUGCAUUUGAUCGUUUGUGUUAUUUUACAAUCGGGUGAUUAUUUAACCUGUCGUGCGUGUAAAGAAACAUGUCGCUUAUUGUAAAUUCACAUUUCACAUAACAAACGCGCAGCAUAGACACAAAGCAUAAAUUGCAACUAUUCACAAGUUCACAAUAAAGUGUGGUGAUUAUUUUUGUUCAUACAGCAAGAUAUUUGCAGAAGAUUAUUUUCAAGAAUUCAACAUGUCUUCUGAAGAUUAUUAUGAUUGGGAUCCUCCUUAUGAGUCUGAUGACGAUUAUAAUUCUCAUUCUUCUUAUGAGUCUGAUGACGAUUAUAAUUAUGAGAAUGAUUUUCCUGCGAUGGACACACCCCUGUAUCAUGCUGUUUUUAAUGGAGACUUCAAUCUCUUUCUCCAUUUGUUUGACAAAAUUUCUCCAAAAGAAAGAGAAAGAAAAUGUUCACUAAUGCAUACAGCAGCAGCAAAAGGACACUCUGAAAUUGUCACUAUACUUUGCGAGCGCAAUUUCCCCAUCAAUGAAGGAGAUCCUUCAGGUGACACACCUCUACAUUUAGCGAUAAGUAACAAUCAUCCAAGUGUAUUCGACAUCCUAGUAAAGAAAAGUAAUCUGAACGCGACAAAUAUUUAUGGCGAGACUCCACUUCAUCUUGCCACAGAAGGAAAUCAUAUUCAAUUGGUAAAAAUUCUUUUGGAGAAUGGUGCAAAUGUUAAUGAACAAACUAGACGCGGAAGUACACCACUUCAUUUGGCUCUUAUUAAAAAACACAUUGAAUUAACAGAGAUUCUCUUACAAAAUGGCGCUGAUGUUAAUAUUCAACAAAUUCAAGAUAUGACGCCGUUUCAUCUUGCCAUAAGUGGAAAUCACAUACAAUUGGUAGAGAAAUUUUUACAGAAUGGUGCAAAUGUCAAUUUACAAUUAGAAGAUGGUACAUCAUCCCUUCAUAUUACGGUUGAAAAUAAAUACAUUCAAUUGACAAGGAUUCUUUUACAACAUGGCGCUGAUGUCAAUGUGCAAGAUAACAAUAAAAAGUCACCACUUCAUAUUGCCAUAAUAAAAAAUUGCAUCCAAUUAGCAGAGAUUCUUUUAAAAAAUGGUGCUGAUGUCCAUGUAAUAGACAGAUGUGAAGAAACGCCACUGGAUCUCACUGUGAAGUAUAAUAACAUUGAACUUGUCGAAUUACUUUUAAAAAAUGAAGCUACAAUAAGUGAAGAAAACAAGAAAGAUAAAAGAACACACGAAAUAAUGAUAACGCCUCUUCGUUACGCACUUAACUGGAGUAAUUACAAAAUAGUUAAAUUACUAAUUAUGAAUGGAUUUAACGCAAUAGAUGUCCAAAAUUAUUCCGGUAAAACUGUAUUGCAUUUAUCAGUAAUAAACAAUGAUUAUGAUAUGUUUAAAUAUUUGGUGGAACAUGGUUCGAAAAUUGAUGCAAAAUCUAAUGCCUGGGUGAAAGAUGAAUGUGAUAAUAAAUAUCUUAGUUUUCAGUAUGAAACAAUACUUGAAUUCGCACUUUCUUCUGGAAAUUUGAAAAUUUUGAGAUAUUUAUUAAAAAAUAGUUCGUUAAUUGAUGCAUCACCAUAUUCAGCUCUUCAUUUAGCAGUGCGAGAGGGUCAAGUGGAAGUUGUGAAAGAAAUGGUGAAACAAAAUGACUUGGAUAAAAAUUCGAUUGAUAGCAGAUUGGCCGUUUACAUUGCAGUCGAAAAUGAAAGAGAAGAUAUUUUAAAAAUUCUUCUAGAUGCGGGAUAUUCUUCUAAAACUUGUUUUAAAGAUAGAAGUCCUCUUCAUGUUGCAGCAACAUUUAAUCAUACAAGAUUAGUCGAAAUGCUGCUAAACGCCGGCGCUGAUUUGAAUUCAAUGACAGAAAAAAGUGUGACUUGUUUACAUUUCGCAGCAGCUGCAGGACAAUCAACAGUCGUUAAAUUUCUCCUCGAGGCUGGUAUUCAUACUACUAAUUGUGAACUGGCUUUGGAAUAUACACUACGCAGAGGUAUUGAUGAUGACAAGUUAUGGAUCCUUUCUCCUUUCAUGUAUAAAAAUAUCUCAAACAUCACGGAAAUGUUAUUAAUUGUAGAAAUUAGUAAAACUAAAGAUCCUUACCAAUUAUGGAAUAAAUUAUCAGAUUCCGCAAAUAAAAUAACAGUUUCUGAACAGAGUGAACAAGAGUCUUCCUUAAACUUACUACAAACAGAAGAAUUUAUCUCGAACAAAAUCGAAUUUGAAGAAACUACCAAAUUUGGGGAAUAUGGAACUGAAUUUUUAAUGUGCUUUCUUAAUUAUCUGAGUAAUUUUCAAAUGGGAAGUUUUUUAACAUCAAUGAUACAAACUUUGAAUUAUUUAGUACUUCGUCCAGAAUUUAUACAUAUGUUAUUGGAAUACAAUGAUUAUAUAAGUAAUUUUUAUGAGGAUGAUAUUAUUUUAUAUUCAGAAUUUAAAAACUAUAACAUGAAUUUACUUCUAAUCGGACACAUUGAAAACGUUUACUGCUUUAAUGAUAUUUGUGUGCAAAGAAAUCUAGUCAUUGAUAAAAAAUUGAAGAAUGAUUCCACGGAUCUUUCAAAGUUGUUAGCUGCGCGUUUAUUUAUAAUUUCUCGUAAUUCUUCCCUUAAGGAUGAUCUUGAAUUUUAUAAGAAACAUAAUCUCAUCGAAUGGCGUGAUGAAUGCGAGCGUGAGGUAAAAUUAAUGAAAGAAACAGAAAUUGCCAACAAUUGUCGUGUAACAUUCUACGAUAUUUUAACGCAAUCUGUAAAUAAAGUUGCGAACUACACAAGAAACGAUAAUUUGCUUCAGAACGUGGAGUCAUCCUACAUGCAAUUUCCAGCUUAUGUUGAAUUUUUAAAAUUAAGUAUCGAAAAAGGUAAACGAAGAAGAGAUCUACUUGACAAAUUCGUGAACUCUAUGUUGAAUCUGAUUAAAAAAAAUAAUAGAAUUCAAUUAUCCACUAUUGAAAUUAACCAAAUUUUCCAAUAUCUUUCAGUAGUAGAUAUGCGACGUUUAUUAUCAGCACUCUCUUAAGUGACAACUCUGUUAAAUUUAUCCAGUAAGAAACGAGGAAUUAAAUUUAAAAAGUACAAUUUAACUUUUGUAACCAAUAAAUUUUAAGUUCCAUAAUUGUCAAAAGUGCCCACUUGUCUAAUAAUUGUUCCCGCAGACAUUAAAAAGGUACAAUUAAUUCAAAUUAUACAAUCAGUUAAGCACACUGAAAAAUAAUAAAAAGAUGUUUCUACUAAGCGCCAGUCGUCAUUUAGUAAAUUCUCCUCAAAUCUUUCAAUAUUUUUUAAACCCCUUUAAACAAAAUUUAAGUGUGGUUUUAUAGGUGAGGGGUGGUUUCUAAGGGGUUGAUCAUUGUCAUUAUUAAUCAUAUAUGUAAGAAUAUUUUUUCUUAUUAUGUUAAAAAUGGAAUAAAAAUUUUUCUUCAAUACUGCUGUUUAUACUCCUAAUGGUUGUUUUUUGAAAUAAGAAUAGUUUUAGAGGGU